UUAGGGAAAAAAAUUUAAAUUUGCUCGAAUCAAAAUUCAACGGCGCGGGAGACUGGAGGUUAAUUUAAUUGUCUGGUUAGGGUUUGCAUUCGUCAUAAAUUGAGGGAUUAAAAAAGAUGUCAAAAUCUUGCAAGGGUUUAGCGAUGGAGCUCGUCAAGUGCUUGAGCGAAUCGGACUGUGUUAAAAUUGAGAAGCGACCCUACAGAGAAUGCGCCGGCGAGAAAACACCGUGCAUCUCAAGUGAGUGCGUCGGACUUAGAGAAACUUAUUUCAAUUGCAAACGUGGCCAACUUGACAUGAGAGCUAGAAUUCGCGGUAACAAGGGCUAUUGAAUUGCGAUACGCCAAUUUUUGUUUUUAAUUUUGACUUUUUUAUUAGGGAUUUUGACUGUAUUCUUAUAUUUUUGUAAGCUCGUUUUGUUUCUAUUAAAAUAAAAUUUAUGAAAAGAAUUGGUUCUUUGCUGA